AUGCUGAGCCUGGGAACCUUGGUCGCCAUCGCCGCCUCGGGCGCGGCUACGAUCGUCGUCCUUUCGGUCAUUUGCGUCGUCGUUUGGGUCAGAGUGAGAAAGGAGCGUCAUGCUCUCAGACUGCUGGGACUCAGGCAUGGCCAGUAUACUCGCAGCAUAGGCUUCACCGGGGAUACAUUGACAGAGCUAUCUCGAGAAGAAGGAACUGCUCUUCGAGCCCAUGGUCUACCCUAUGGAAAGCCAACAGAAUGGGGUCAAAUAGCCUCUCGUGAGACCCUGAUACAAUCACAGAAUCCUUCUGAUUCGACCUUCCCGUUGAUCCAAAAGGCACGUUCAUUCCGCAAUUCGAUAUCCCGUUCUCGUUCCAAGCGACUAUCAAGAUCUUCCAACAAGCAUAGUCGAAUGAGCUCCGUUGCAUCGGCGAGUGAUACUGUGCUGAAUCAUACGCCCUCGAAGGACUCGGAUAAAGAGGAUAUUCCUCUCUCGGCUGUCGAAGGUGUUUUAGAACUACCAGCGGAGCGAACUCCUCGACAAACUCCUGAUCUGAGCCAUGAAGAGCCUGGGUUCCAUUUGGGUAUGCGACCAGUGUCACCUGGAUGGCCUCUGCCUUCUCACAAAGAGCGAUCUGGAUUGUUUCCCGUUAUGGAGAGUCGUACUUCACAAGAGAUGUUUGAUCCUCCACGCCGAAUAAUUGAAGAAUCGCCAACACGACUUCGAGGAGGAAGUAUCGCCAGUCAGAAUGCGGGAAUGGCACCAGAGGCUCCCAUUCCCCCACCACCUCCAACUGCAUUUCCACUGGAUCGAAUGAGCUAUUUGAGAAACGAUUCGAUUAUGCGUCUAUCGUCAAUGAGUCUAGACACAACAAACAGUUCAAUUCUAGAGGAGAGUCGAAAUGGUCCAAGAUCGGCUGAUACCGAUCUCACUUCACCCAUCUUCCCAUCAUGUGGCACUUCCGUCCCAUUUAGUGCCAACGAUGUGGGAGUGAAGAAUGGCCGCAGAAGUUUCAUCUCAGCUAAUACCUCAAUGAUGCCACUCCACAAUUUCCCCAUCCGAUCCUCGUCUACGGCGGAAACACGAAGACGUUCUUCCUUAUUGGAGCCAAAUGGUUCUCCUCGUCGCAGUAUGACUACCAAUUCUCGAAACCCAAGCACUUCCAGUGAGAAUCGAUUCAGCUUUACCCCAAUCCCACGAAACAAUGAUCCUGCACCUCAUCCUCAACGUCGCGGCUCAUUGCGAAGUGGGACGCCCGUGUCAAUAAAUGGUGGCUACCAAACUGGACCAGCCAUCAAUUGGAGGCACUCCAACUCGUCGAUGACUUUCGCUCCAGGGUUCAGCCAGAUGCAGCAGCCCGCUGUAUGGGAAGGUGAGCACCGUGAAAAUGACCCAUUUUACGGAGGGUCCCCCCCAAUCUACGGGCACUUUGUUCUCUAUCGGAUCACCUGGGCAGAGCCUAGUCCAAUGCAACGAUCAAGUCUCUCUCUUCGUGGCCAACAGCCUUUGCAAUCCGCUCUGAAGGGUUCGAACUCACAACGGAAAGGUCACCGGCGUCAAAACUGUGUGCGAAUUUCCAUUCACCCUCCUAUUACCUUCGGUGGAUCUGCGUUUUCUCCAACAGUCGAAGAGGAACCUGAAGAUCUUGAUGCCAUGGAAGAACUUGAUCUACGUGGGAGUGCCAUCAACGGCAACUUUCAGUCCCUGCCAGCGUUGCCUCCUCCCAUCGUGACCACAUCUCCAUCGCCACUCUCCAAACGCAGCAGUCGGCGCAACAAGCCUGCCCCUAGCAUAUUGGGUCCACUGGCCGAAGAACCUGCUCCAGCAAGCAAUAAGGGUCCCGAAAAGAAGAGUACUUCCGACGAUUAUUCUCCCCUGGCUCUGACCAAUCCCUUCAAUAAGGCACCCAAAUUGCCUGAGCUCUUAACUUCUCUUCCACCUGUUAAUGGAGGCAACCUCACGCACACUCCAUCCCCUGAGUAUAACACACCUGUCUGGACAAUCCCUGAAGAUGCACCUUCGCCUCUGCACGAGAACAUGUCUAGCACUAGCAGUCCCCGUCGUACGCCCAUUAAGGGUCCACGAAGCCAACCCGGUCGAUCUUCUCGCAGCAACUCGACCCCGAAACCCAUGGAACCACUCCUAGGUCCUGGUUCUCCAACAGGACUUCCCUUGAUUACGGGUACUCAAGGCAGUGACUGGCGGAAAUCAACAGAUGCGACGGAUAGCUCUCUUGCCAGUAUUCUAGGCUCAAUGGCCAUCUCUCCAUCUCCGAAGACUACUCGACAACGCAGUGGAACAGUUCGCGACCGCGUCACUAUCUGGGAAGAUGCUAAUCGAAGUGGAUCUCCACCGAAAGCAUCUGGUGCUCAGUUCACGGGAAAUUAUACCGUCUCCGAUAAUAAUACCUCGCCACUCCGUACGCAGAACUCCAUUCCUAGAACCCUUUCUAAGAAUGGUCACUCUCCCACUCGUACCUCCAGCCAGCGAGCACCGCCAACACCCAUUUCUAUGCGGCGAGGUAUGACAACUCCUACUGGUAAAGCUCUUGGUCUCGGGAUUGGAUGUACAGGUACUCCAGUCAGCUUGUAUGAUGGUGAUGGGUUUCUGAGAGAGUAA